UAGGAAAACUACUCAAAACAACCCCACGCUCCGCCGUCGGUGAUGGCAAAGCCCCACUUCAUAAUCGUGACUCUUCCCACGCAAGGCCACCUCAACCCCUGUCUUCAACUCGCCAAGCGUCUCAUUCGGAUGGAUGUGCAAGUCACCUUUGUUAUCAGCGUGCAUGCUCAACGUCGAAUUUCAAGAAACGACUUUCAAAUUCCUGAUGGCUUCAAGUUCGCCACCUAUUCUGAUGGCUACGAUGAGGGGUUUAAACCCGGAUUCGAUAGGAAUCACUUCUUUUCCGAAACUAGAAGUUGCAGCUCCCGAAGGCUAAGAGAGAUCAUCGCGACUAGCAUUGAAGAAGGUUGUCCAGUUACGUGCUUGAUCUACAAUUUCCUCCUCCCUUGGGCAGCAAAGGUGGCACGUGAUUGUCACGUGUGCUCGUCCGUUCUAUGGAUUCAGCCAGCUAUGGUAUUGGAUAUCUACCACUAUUAUUUCAAUGGUUAUAAGGAUGUCAUAAUGGAAAAUUACAAAGACCCUUCAUGGUCUAUAGAAUUACCUGGGUUGCCACUGCUCCAUGCUGGUGACCUACCCUCUUUGUUAUUUCCUUCAACCUCAAACGGCGCCUACCAUAGCUCAUUCGCAUUAAUCGAAGAGCUGAUAGAGGAACUAAAUGAUUCAAAGGUUCAAAUCCUUGUUAACACAUUCGAUGCAUUAGAGCCCGAGGCCUUGAAAGUCAUAGAGAAGUAUAACUGUAUUGCAAUUGGACCCUUAAUUCCAUCAGCUUUCUUGGGCAAUCCCUUAGACAAUUCAUUGGUAUGUGACCUCUUUCAGAAAACAACCGACUAUACCGAAUGGCUAAACGGGAAACCCAAAUCGUCAGUGGUUUACGUGUCGUUUGGAAGCUUUGUGAUUCUUCAAAAACCACAAAUGGAAGAGAUUGCCCGUGGUUUGUUGGAAACCCAUCAGCCAUUUUUAUGGGUGAUACGAGCUCAAGAAAACGGAGAAGAAGAAAACCAAGAAGAUAGGCUAAGUUGCAUGGAAGAACUAGAACAACAAGGGAAGAUAGUGCCUUGGUGUUCCCAAUUGGAAAUCCUGUCACACCCUUCCUUGGGAUGUUUCGUGACGCACUGUGGGUGGAGCUCUACCUUAGAGAGCUUGGCUUAUGGGAUUCCAGUCGUGGCGUUUCCUCACUUGUCGGAUCAAACGACGAAUGCGAAGAUGAUGGCGGAUGUGUGGAAGAUUGGUGUGAGAGUCAGGGCAGAUGAAGAAGGAAUUGUUAGGAGUGAUGAGGUUAAGAGGUGUAUAGAGAUGGUCAUGAGGCCACGUCAGGAGCGAGGGGAAGAAAUGAGGAGAAAUGCUAAGAAAUGGAAGGAUUUGGCUCGAGAAGCUGGGAAGGAAGGUGGAUCUUCCGAGGAGAAUCUCAAAGCUUUUGUUGGAGAGGUUGGAGGAGACAAUUAG